CUUCAUGAUCUUGAUCAUGAGUUCUUCAGAAGAGGAAGUAGGAAGGAUUUCAUCGACAAUGCUUCGUCGAUCUUUCUGUUGAACCCCAAGACUGAGGUUUCUCAUCUUGUAAGAGAUGUUCAAGUUGGAGCAUUUGGUGCGUAUGAGAUGAAUGGCAGGUUGAUUUCAAGAAACAAGGCGUCAAGGAAAGGUAUCAAGAAGGCUGAUGCUGUCAAAGGCCACUGGACAGUGGAAGAAGACAGGAAGCUGGUGAAAUUAGUGGAACAAUUUGGACUGAAGAAGUGGUCUCUGAUAGGGGGGAUGCUGCCUGGAAGAGUAGGAAAGCAAUGCAGAGAAAGAUGGUUCAACCAUUUGAGGCCUAACAUCAAGAAAGAUACUUGGAGCGAGGAGGAAGACAUGGUUCUGAUACAGAUACACAAGGAAGUUGGCAACAGAUGGGCAGAGAUAGCAAAAUGCCUACCUGGAAGAACUGAAAACUCCAUCAAAAACCACUGGAAUGCAACAAAAAGACGGCAAUUUGCGCGACGGCGCAACCGUUCUACCUCCAAAUCAGGAAGUACAGUUCUGCAAAACUACAUCAAAAGUCUUGCCAUUUCUCCACAAGAAUCACAGAUGAACAAUGAGAGGUCAGAAUCUAAUCCAUCUGACAUGAUGAUCACCCAAGGGACACCCUGCUGCUUUGAUGGGAACAAUUGCAGCCAAAGUCACACUUCUGAAGAGAAUAUAGUUCCUAGCUGUGGUGAUUUUGCAGCUGAAAUGUGGAGUGGUUUGUUUGACACAAAGGAAGAUGAGGAGGAUGAAGCACAAUACCUGCUCUAUGACAUGGACACUCAUGUUGACAUGAACUGUAUUUUCAGCAAUAUGGAUUAUGGUAGUAACAUUGAGCCUGGAUUAGCAUCAGUUGUGAAAGCAGAAUGUUCAGCAGAAAGCUGGGCUGUGAAUUUGAAGGAGACGGAUUAG